UUAAUGAAUACAGUUGAAUUCAGUUUUCUGCACGAGGCAGUUGGAAGAGUUACAUCUUGGUCAUGAUUACGAAUUUUUUAACAUUACCAGAACUAUGGACGAAGGGAAAAAGCCCUCUUCUCGACUCAUGGCCAUUGUACGGGGACCCGUCAUCCGUUGCACUGAUUUUAGCUGCAUACAUCGCCUUCGUACUAUACUUAGGACCAUUGUUCAUGAAAAACAGGCAGCCAUUCAAUUUAAAAAAUGUCAUCAUUUUGUACAACGCACUGCAAGUGUUCUACAAUUUUUGGGUUCUGGCCAGGCCAGCCCUUGAACCAUGUGCAUGGAAAUAUUUUUUCAGUUUCGGCUGUGCAGAAAUGACUCCACAACAGGAGCGUGACUAUGAGAUGUUAAUAUGUGUUACAUUCUGGCAUAUGACGGUGAAUAAAAUAAUGGACCUGUUGGACACGGUGUUCUUCGUUCUAUGCAAGAAACAAAAUCACAUCAGUUUUCUUCACGUCCAGCAUCACGUUUUAAGCGUUGCCAUAUUAUGGAUAGUUGGAAAAUAUUUCACCGGACAAGAAUUGACAGUGACAUUCGGCUGUAACACGAUUGUCCACAUGAUUAUGUACUUUUAUUAUUUGGUUGCUGCGCUUGGUCCUGCAUACAAAAAAUAUCUUUGGUGGAAGAAGUAUUUGACAAUGCUUCAAAUUAGUCAGUUUCUGAUUAUAAUUGUCUAUAUGCUUGCUUCGUUAUGGUUGAGUUGUGGAUACAAUCCUGCAAUUGUUUGGCUUAUAAUACUCAAUGCUUCCCUCAAUUUGGCUUUGUUCCUGAAAUUUUAUUUCAAUACUUACGAUUCAAAAAAGCUGAUAAGUGACAAAAUUGCAGUGUGUUCAAGUUUGCAGUUUAGCAGUAAUUACACGGAAAACCAACAAAUCGAAAAAUCGGAUAUCAAUGAAAAUUGUAAGAAAGAAAUGUAGAAUUUUGUACUGGAGGUGAAAUUUUUCUUUGUGUCUAAACCAAGCAAUUUUUGUAAAGUGUGAGAAUUUAUAUAUAAAUAGUAAGAUGUCAUUCAUAAAUUACGUUAUUACGCAACACAUUAGUGUGUGAACGCUAUCGUAACUGUCCAUUAUAUUUUUGGAAAGUCAAAUAAAUUUUGCGCGACAAAUAA